GCCCAUUUCCAAGAUGGCGCCUGCGGCCAUGCUGGGAAUUCAGGGUGAAGCUGCAGUUUUGCCAUUACUCAAGAUGGCUGCCCCCAUCAAGAUGACCGGGGUGUGCCUAGGGGAAAGAGGCUGCAGGAUGGUCUGAGGUGGUCUAGCAUCGAACCAUAUGGAAGUUUCUGAAACCGGGGAGCCCGAUGAUGGGGGGUGGAGCCCGUGGGGGAUAGAGGGAGCAAGAGAUUUUUUCCCCAGGCUAACCCCAACCCCUCCCUGUCCUCUGGACUAAAAUGGGGAACACCCUGGGCCUGGCACCGAUGGGGACUUUACCCCGCCGGAGCCACCGUCGAGAGGAACCGCUGCCCAACCCCGGGAGCUUCGAUGAGUUGCACCGCUUGUGCAAAGAUGUAUUCCCAGCACAGAUGGAAGGCGUGAAGCUGGUUGUCAACAAGGUUCUGAGCAGCCAUUUCCAGGUGGCUCAUACUGUACACAUGAGUGCCCUGGGCUUGCCAGGGUACCACCUCCAUACUGCCUAUGCAGGGGACUGGCAGCUUAGCCCCACAGAGGUGUUCCCCACUGUGGUGGGGGAUAUGGACAGCAGUGGCAGUCUCAACGCCCAGGUCUUGCUUCUGUUGGCAGAACGGCUACGAACUAAGGCUGUCUUCCAGACACAGCAGGCCAAGUUCCUGACGUGGCAGUUUGACGGCGAGUAUCGGGGAGAUGACUACACAGCCACUCUGACUCUGGGAAAUCCGGAUCUGAUUGGGGAAUCAGUGAUCAUGGUUGCUCACUUCCUGCAGAGCAUCACUCAUCGGCUUGUGCUAGGAGGAGAGCUAGUUUAUCACCGGCGGCCAGGGGAAGAAGGGGCCAUCUUGACUCUGGCUGGGAAGUACUCAGCUGUCCACUGGGUAGCUACGUUGAAUGUUGGGUCAGGAGGGGCCCAUGCAAGUUAUUACCACAAGGCAAAUGAACAGGUUCAGGUUGGAGUAGAGUUUGAGGCAAAUACAAGGCUACAAGAUACAACCUUCUCCUUCGGCUACCACCUGACUCUGCCCCAGGCCGAUAUGGUGUUUAGAGGCUUGGUGGAUAGUAACUGGUGCGUCGGUGCGGUGCUGGAGAAGAAGAUGCGCCCCCUGCCUGUCACCCUAGCCCUCGGAGCCUUCCUCAAUCACUGGCGAAACAGAUUCCAUUGCGGCUUCAGCAUCACUGUGGGCUGAGGUUGUCCUGGAAGCAGCCUCCACAGUAGCUGGAACCUUUGAGUCUGAUGCCCUGGGGCCAGAGACUAACUAGGUCCCUCUCCAGAACCGCCCUUGCUGGAUGACUCCUAGGUCCCCUGGGCAGAGUUGGGGGACAGGAUGAUGUCCUCCUCAGAACCGGAACUGCCACAGAAUCAUUUUUCCAGUUAGGCAGCAGGUUGAGGCUCCCAGUACUGCCAUCAGCCCCAUUAUAAUCUCCCACAAGUUCUAUGGCUCUGGAGUAAAGGAGAGGGACUAAGGGAUAUGUCUGGCUUCCCUCACCCCACUUUGGGUUUUUUUUUUGUUGUUGUUAUUUUUGUUUAAGUUGUUACUACUCCUCCUUCAAAGCAGAGAAAUCUGCAUGAAAAUAGGGAGCAGAAAAAGCCCUCCUGUCUUUCCCAUUUCUCCUGGUCUUCCCAUUCCUCCGCCUUCCAUUCCUUGCCUUGGGAAGGUAGGAUUAAAGGGCUAAAUCUUUGGCCACAGAAAGACCAAAGAAUGGGCCCACCCAUUCCCAGAAGGAACUCCAUUCACCUCCUAGCCUUCCCCAUCUCUCCUAUCCACUGUGUUACCCGAUGAUCACGAUGCUCACCCAACUCCCUUCUCUCUGUCCCUCACCCACUCCAUCCCCCCACCGAUGACCGCGCAAAGAGACAGUUCCUGUUCAGUGUUUCAUUGCCAUGACCGAGCACCUUUCUGCUGGUUCCCGUUUUGGGUACUAGCCCUUUACCCUUUCCAGUCCACUGUAUCCCGGGGGUCUGGGUGGGGAAGGAUGCUGGCCUGGACAUCAGCUGCAAAUCUCUCUAAGCAGUGGUGUCAGGGCGAACAGUCCCUGGAUGUGCUGAAGUUCAUAGGCGCAGGCAUUGUUUAUACUGCGGAGCUCAGCCAACAGGCCCAUCAGCUUUGCAUACAGAAACCUUUGGAGGAAGGAGCAGGGUUACCAGGGAAAUAAGGCAGCUGGAAGUCCUGUCCUGAGGUUCUCAUCCCCCGAAACCGCUCCUCAGAGAGGCUAAGUCUGAACAUUAGGAAAUCCUGCUCUUGAUCUAGAUUUUGAAAAAUCUCAGAAAUCCCCAAGAACAACACUGUUUUCCUUCUUUGUGCCUAGUUUUUUUCCUGAACCCAGGACUUUGAGGUCAAGUGUAAAGAAAGUACUUGGCCAAAACUUCAACUAUAUAGAAUCUGAAUGUGGAGCCUUCUAGAUGGAGUUGUAGAAGGUGGUUGUGUUAUUCUAUGGUAUAAAGCAUCCCCCUCUUAGCAAACGGAUUCAUUCGGGAAUGAACAGAGCAAAGGUGGCAUGGAUUUUUGAGCCUACACUGUAGGCUUUGUCCAUGAAAGUGUGAAGGAUCCUACUUUCAAUGGGACCUAAAACUUCAAGGAACUGACCCAAAGAAGAGGAGCGGGCCAAAAAAAAUUGAACAAAGACUUUGACACUUUGGCUUUAGUUUGGAAAAGUCAAGAGAGGUGAGGUGAGGAAUGUCACCAAUCUCAGGAAUGCUGUCACACACAGGCCACUAGCUACUGCUUUGCAUCUCUACUGACUGAAAAGAACAACAAAAGCCAACAACUUGGAAAAGUGAGACAAAACAAUGGACAUGGGAACUAUGUCCGAUGGGGUGGCCGGAGGGAAGGUCUAGAUCACUAAGUACCUGGUUUCCCUAAGGAAACAGCAGUAAAAUGCAUUCAUCCGGA